AUGAAGCUGACGGGAAACGCUCUCUUCGGCGUCGUCGUCGCCCUGACGGCGCUGGGGUUCAUGCAGAUUGGGUUCGACAACGGCCUGAUGGGUAAUCUAGUGACGGAGUCGUCCUUCCUCCAGACCUUCGACAACCCCUCCUCCGUCAUCACCGCGUUGAUCGUCUCCAUCAUGGACGUCGGCGCGUUCUUCGGCAGCAUCGGCACCGCGUUGUUUGGCGAGGAUCUCGGCCGUCGCCGCAGCAUCGCCCUCGGCGUGGUCAUCAUGAUGAUCGGCUCCGUGCUGCAGGCCAGCUCCUACAGCCUGGCGCAGAUGAUCGUCGCCCGUAUCGUCGCCGGCGUCGGGCUGGGCGUCGUCAAUUCCACCUCGCCGGUGAUGAUGGCCGAAUUUGCGCCUAAGGCAACCAGAGGCUUAUACGUCUGCAUGCAACUGACGACGCUCAACCUGGGCAUCUGCCUCAUCUACUGGAUCGACUUUGGCUUCUCGGGCGGCAGCGGCAGCUACGUCUGGCGCGUGCCCAUCAGUCUGCAGUGGGUGCUGCUCAUCCCGAUGCUGGCGCUGGUGUACCUGGUGGACGAGACGCCGCGGUGGCUGGCGGCGCACGACCGCAACGAGGAGGCUCUGGACGUGCUGAUGCGGUUGAACCACGGCCGUAUGGACGAGGCCGACGUGCGGGCUCUACACGAGGAUAUCGUGCGCACCGUCGCGGUCGAGAAGCAGCUGGGCGCCGGCUCGUGGAGCGACCUGCUGCGCAACGACGAGCUGCAGAGCCAGCGCCGUCUGCUCAUCGCCUGUGCCGUGCAGGCCUUUCAACAGCUGGGCGGCAUCAACGCCAUCAUCUACUAUUCCGGCACCCUGUUCGAGACCUCCAUCGGCUUUUCCACGCACAUGUCGAGCCUCAUGUCGGGCUUCCUGCAGACCUGGCUCUUUGUCGCCAGUUUCAUCCCCUGGUUCCUCAUCGACCGCAUCGGCCGGAGGCCUCUGUUGCUGUCUAUGGUCUCCGUCAUGGCUGCCGUCAUGGCCGUCCAGACGGCCCUCAUCUACCAGGUGCAGCACAACACCUCUAUCUCGUACGCGUCCGGUAUUGCGGCGGCGGUCAUGCUGUUCGUCUUUGAGGGAGCCUUCACCAUCGGCUUCCAAGCAACUGUUUGGGUAUAUCCUGCGGAAAUCCUCCCUCUCCGCCUGCGUCAGCGAGGAUCGUCCAUCUCGACCGCUGCCAACUGGAUCUGCGACUAUCUCAUCGUGCAGAUCACGCCGCCGGCCAUCACGAAUAUCGGCUGGCGCACGUAUAUCAUCUUCACCGUCUUCAACGUCACCUGGGUGCCCAUCAUCUACUUCUUCUUCCCGGAGACAAAGGGCCUCGAGCUGGAAGACGUCGAUCGGCUGUUCGCAGGCGACAGUGUAGCCACCGCAGAGCUCUUCUCUGGCAAGGGAGCUGAACAUAUGGAGAUGGAGUGA